GUUCGCUCAUCAACGUAAAAUACAAUCAUUCGAGUGGACAGCGAUGUCGAUGAAUUCGUCGAUGACAUUGGUCCGAUCGCCGGCGAUCAUGAUUGCCGGAAACUUGCCCGGUUUUCGAGCACCAAGUGUUGUCCCUCGUCUACGAGACGAAUCGCGAAAAUUUCUGGUAUGCGAGGAAUCCGCGAGCGCGAGGCACGAGAAAAAACACAAGGACACCGGAGCGGCCCCGUCGUAGACGAGCCGCCCAUCUUCUCCACCGCCAGCUACCCCCGAUUACAAACAUCGUCGCUCUCGUCCGCAAAAUCAAAUUCGACCGCAAAGCAAAAUGAUGUUUGCCGUGUUGUCGCCGAUACAAGAAUCUGAGAUGUCCCGUGUGAGCGAUACUCCCUAUCACAAGAUGAUGGCUACCCCAAUCGCGUCUCUGAACAGCUUGAUGAUUCAGUGCUCUUCAGCAAUACCAUCAACCGCUAACACCAGUCACAUUCCAGUAUCCGACCUUACAUCAUCGUUGGCUUGCUCCCUCUUGUCGUGUUCAAUUCCAACAGCUACCGUAAUCGCACCGCCGCCACCGUAUCACUCCAUCAACCAUCAACACACAAUGCGCUCAUUGUUCGACAUGCACAGCUCAUCAUCGGUAACGGAAGCGGAUGCAGACGUUGUAGGGCUGUCGCAAUCCACCAAAGAAGUUUCCAUCCAAGACAAUGAUGUAGAUCAAAGCGAUAAACCUCUAGAUUUGUCUCUGAAAAGCUCCAACUCAUUGUACUCACCCACAACGUCUCGACCCAGUGUCAUAAUAGAAAGUCCAACUGUACGGAAUCCCCCAGUGCGGCGAAGCGCUUCUUCUGUUUCGGCGACGCGAGAACAACCGGAUGUUCAUGAACACUUUAGGCGAUCGCUUAGUGGGAAAUGGCCAAGAAGAUCGAAAAUCGACGACGAAAAGAUGAGAGCUUCACCCAUCACCAGAAGAACGUCUUUCAAUAACCACGGUUCGAACUGCACUACACAACCGCAUGUGAUAGUCAGCAACACCGGCGUCGACAUAGUCGAUCAUUUCCGGCGAGCACUUUCCGAAAAGGAAUUUGAAAACUGGCAGCGGAAAAGAAAUGCCACUUCACAAUCAUCAAAGAAGUUAUAGAAUCUAUGUCUGGUUCAAGUGUAUUAUAUUAUACAAAGAAUUUAUUGUGAAGUGAAUAAUAUAUAAUUAGUCGCUAUUUGGCACAAAAAUUUCGAUUAUCCACGGAAAUCAUAUUUUGCUCAACACUACUGGUAAGUAUACCGGAGCGUAAUAACGUAACGCUCCAGCUUUGAUAUGUAGUGAUAAGAACUUGUAGAUAAAUAAUUCAACCAC